AUGGAGUCCGGGGAACUCGCUAGGAUUAUUCAAGAAGGAAUUACGGCGGGCCUACUUCAGGGCAACAAAGGGACGACAAGAUUCAGUCCCAACACUCCCUUUACUCCCGAGAUAUUGACAUUCCCCUUGCCAGACAAAUUUAAGUAUCCUAGGAUCAAAGAAUAUGACGGGACCACUGAUCCAAUCAAUCAUCUUAACGUAUACACGGACGUCAUGAAUCUACAGGUUGCACUAGCUCAGUUCUCCGCCUUCUUCGCAAGCAGUAAACGCAUCAGGAAAACGGCAGCCUCCCUCAUGCAACUUCGACAGGGGCAAAAUGAGACCCUACGCGAGUUCAUGAUCAGGUUCAACAAGGAAAGGCUACAAAUUCCCGACCUUCAUAUAACGACGGCGGUUUUUGCCCUCACAUAUGCCAUAAGGUGUGAAGCUUUCAAAAUGUCGCUAUCCAAAACUCUGCCAAGGACAGUGACCGAGCUUCUUACCCGAGGAGAGAAGUACAUAAAUAUGGAGGAAAUGCUGAACCCGAGGAAGGUUGGACCAUCCCACGACAGGGUUGAGCAUAAAAGACAGCAUGACCCGAGCCCCCGUCAAGAACCACCUCGGAGUAAACAGAGACAAGAGGUUCCCCCGACGUCAUUCACACGUUUAAACACAUCGAAAACAAACAUUUUGAUGGAAAUCAAGGAUAUGAAGGAGCUCAAAUGGCCUGCGAGAAUGAGGUCACCCCCCCAGUCCAGGGACAUGAGCAAAUACUGUGAGUUUCAUCGGGAUCAUGGGCAUACCACUAAAAACUGUAAAGCCCUGCAACGGGAAAUUGAAGCCCUUAUUAAAAGGGGACUUCUGGGUUCCUACGUUGGUAAUGACAAACGCCCGAAGAAUGAUGGUGGUAGGGACAGAGCCUUUGAAGCAAAACGGGAUGGUCAACCCACUGCUGGAAUCAUUAACAUCAUUGUCGGGGGUAUUGCAUCAGGAGGAGAUUCAAACACUGGGAGGAAGCAGUAUGCCCGGCAAUACAUGACAACCCCGAAAGCACAUCAUGGUGACCUCGAGGACAUAACAUUUGGUAUGAAGGAUCUUGAGGGCGUGUCUUUUCCUCAUGAUGACGCCCUAGUCAUCUUUGCAAUAGUAGCAAACUUUGAGGUAAAGAGGAUCUUAAUCGACAACGGAAGUGUUGCUAACAUAUUGUCACAUGAAGCCUUCACAAAAAUGGGAAUCUCUCCCGAACAACUGAAGACAGUGAAAACCCCCCUUCAAGGAUUCAGGGGGGAUAUUAUUGUUCCAGAGGGAGUGGUCAAGCUUCCACUUACCUUAGGCUCGGGAAAAGAACAGAUAACGGUGAUUACAUCUUUUCAGAUUGUCCGGUCUUCCAUGGCAUACAACGCCAUCCUGGGUAGACCAUUGCUCAAUAAGGUAAAAGCUAUUGUGUCCACCUUCCACCUCGCCAUGAAGUUCCCCACCAGUCAUGGCGUCGGGGUGGUACGCGGAAACCAAGCUGCUGUCAGAUAA